GGGAGAAACCGUGUUCGGAAUCGGCCCGGGCGCGGACUUGGUGCCGUACUGAGCUGAGGCACGUUCUCAAACUAUGCGGGCGUCAUCAGAAGACUUGACACUGUAUCAAAAUGGCAGACUGCGAUAAAGACGAGUCCGACAAUUUGCAAGUUGAAUUUGAGUGGCUUCUUCAAAAGGAAGUCCAUGCUGUCCUUGCUCAGCUUCAAAACAUACUGCAGGAAUGUGGUCGGCGUUUCCCUGUGCCAUUAUUUGGAGUUGAUGGACCUCUGAAACAAGACAAGUUUGUCCUUACCACUCCUCCUGACCAACUUAAAUGUAUUGUGUCUGUGAUGGGAGACAACAUCUCCCAAGCUGAAAUUACCUUAAAGGUUCAACGUCAGCAAAAUGUCAUUUAUCGAACCUCAAUCCAGGCCGAUAGCCCAUGGAAAUUGCAGCAAGUUCAGGAUGCAGGGAACCACUUGCAGCAUGCCUUGCAUCAUAUUGAUAGUGUCGAUGCUGAUUAUUCAUUUCGUUCAUCUGAAGAAGUUCUGCACUUGUUAGGUGACAUCCUUGGAUGUCUACAGCGAGGGCGCACAAGCUUGAUUGUCCCACGCAAACGCACUAUCGAUGAUCUCAUGAAGAGCAGAAAUAUGAGAUCUCUUACUCCAACACUACCCGAAGAUCUGGCAAUCAGCUUCUACAUUCAAAGCCACAAACUUGUUCUAGCUGUUUACCAUUUAAGCAAUGUGCACGGAAAUUUGAAGUUUGACACUUUCCAAGCAGAGUGCUCAGUGCCAUGGAUAAGUGAAGUUCUUGUGUUGUUCACUGUAGCACUGCAGUUGUGUCAGCAGCUAAAGGAUAAGAUUUGUGUUUUUUCUCAAUACAAAGAUUUCUCUGCAACUGGUAACAACGCAGCAUCUGUUGCAUGGUGAUUCUACCAGUCAGUAUUUAUAUAGCUGCUACAGGUUACACUCUUGCAGUAUUCAAUGGUGCAAGCUUCAGUAGUUUGUUUGGUUCUGUAGGAAUGGCUUAUUUAUAUAGUUAUGUUAACAUUCAUUUUUUCCUUUUUCUUUGAAAGAACAGAUGCCCAUCCGUUAUUUAAUGUUCUUUAAAUUAAUUUUGUUUGUGGGCAAAGGCCUGUUAAGAUGGAUUUCUCCUUCUGUUUAUAUCUGUACUUCGUGUAAAUUAUGAUGCCCACUGUAAAUAUUUUCCCCUUAAAAGUCAUAUUUAUUGAAAGUUGGUAGUAUUGUUUUUAUCAAGGCACAAACUUGAUACUAUAGUUGCCUUUACGUAUAGUGAUAUUAAUGAAUUAACCUAUGUAUUUAUAGAUGUCUCCUUGGUCUUGCAUAAAGCUCAAUUUUGUAUUUGGUGAGUAGACAGAAAGCCAGCUAAAAUGUCUAAAAUCUUGCCUUCACUUGUUCAUAUUGCAUUCGGAUUCAGUCUCUCAUUGUCCUUAACAUUCGUUGUACUGCCACAAAAUCACUCUAGUCUUGUACUUUAGGGGUGCGAAAUUUUUCUGCAAGUUGGCUUAAUUUAUUAGGUGUUGCAUGCUAAGAACCAUUGAGCUUGUCCUAUUAUUAUAAUUAUCAUCAUUGUUACUGUUGUUAUUAUUAUUAUUGUUGUUGUUGUUACUAGUACUAUUGUAAUCACUCUCAUCAUCUUCAUCGUCAUUUUGGGUUGUUAUUGUCACUUUUCUUUAUUGUCAUCUAACUUCAACUUGUAAGUAGUGUGCUAUGGAUAUUUUUUAAACAUGCAUUUAUUUGGUGUUACCCCCUGUCAGUUAUCAGCCAUUACAGACCAACUGAAACUGUGUAAUGAAAAUAAAAUACUGUCUUUUUCCAACACACUUUACAUAAAUGACUGUCUUUGUAAGAGCUAAAUUUUAGGUUGAAAAUUUGUACUGUAAAAUUGUUUAAAAAAUCGAAAGGCAUCAAUAUCUAUUUCCAAUUGUCUCCUGGUGUUUUUUGGAAAGAGUGAUUUAUUUGUGUUCCCUUGAAAAUAUUUCUUCAUUUGUGUCUGUAAAUAUUGUGUGCAGUAUUUUCCAGCUUGUAAGUUAAAAGAAUGUCGUUCUGUUAGUCCAUAUUCUGUGACUAUGUGUAAGUGAGGAAUUUUGUCAAUUACAAUAGUCAUCAAUUACCUUUAAUGUCAUUGGACAUUUUGGGUUCAUGCAAUUAAACAUCCUGUAUUGGAGAUGACUGUUUUUGUGUAAAACUUUGGAAAGUUCAACUCGUUGUUAAGAUCAAUUAUUUGUGUGUGCUGUGAAUGCAAAAUGUUCUUCAAUUAAAUCUGUACUAAAUGGAUAAUUUGCGAUGAGCAGGGUCUAACGUAUCUAUCUGUUCCACUCUUGUAUCAAAAACCUGUUGCCAUAUAGUAGAGAUUGUCAUCAGGUUUUAAACAUGGGAAACAUUGUUGUGCUGUGACUCUGAUUUAGUUUUAACGCAUUUGGAGGGGUUGAUCCUCAAAUUUUGACCAUUUAUUAUGCCUUGUGGUUUUGGCAAUGUCCUUCGUGCGUCAAUUGAGAUCGAGUCCAAAAUUGUCACCAAUUUCAUUGUUUGUUUUAAGCAUGCAGGAUGAGGAUAGUUAAUCCUCUAUAUAAUCAAGAAAGGCAUAAAAAAUGUUUAUUGAUGAGCAUAGAUGAUUGUGAUCUGAUAGGAACAAGGGUCUUCAUCAUAAGUUUUAUUUGCCAAUCACACUAUGAUUUCUUGCCUGCUAGGGAGUUGUUCCUCUAAGUAAAGACAAUAAGUAUGUAUGGCUUUUCACUGUGAUGGAGUGACUCUGUGUUUACUGAGCAAUAAAACCUAGUGAGUAUUCACAA